CUCGGAGCUACAGGGAAGGAGGGGCUGCCGGCGAGCUUCCCCCGCCUCAUUUGAAGCAGGAAGGCGGAGCCUCCACUGCAGGCCGCAGCGGAAGGCCGAGCCGCAGAGGAGGCGGCGGCGGCGGCGUGAGGCAACAGCAGCAGCAGCAGCAGCCGGCAUGUCUCACGAGUCUCCUCUCUGCAAGCCCUCCAGCCCGAGCAACCCCCGGGUGUUUCUCGAUGUGGACGUUGGGGGAGAACGAGGUGCGGGCGGGGAGAGGCGAAAUGGCAGAGAGGUUGGGGGGGGCGGGGAGGAGAAGAGGCGGCGGAAAGCGCGCGCGGAAGGUUCCCCGGCGGCGGGAAGGGCGCGAGGGGCAGGAGGGAGGGAGAGAGUGUCCGGCCUAGCCGAGGCCCGGCAAGCAGGUGGUCGGAGGACCGUGUGCUGCUGCCGCCGCCGCCGCCGCCGCCGCUGUCCAAUGUUCUGCAAGCUCUGCCUUAGCCAACAGGGCGGGCAGCGGGAGGAAGCGGCGCUGCCCCCGGAUCUUUUGUAUCGUUUCCCCCUCGCCCGAGUGGGAAUUCUCCCUCAGGCCGCCGCCGCUGCAGGGAGAGCAGCGCACCCGUAGCGCGCGGCGUAUAUAUAGUAAAAUAUUGGGGAAGCGGGUUGGCGGAGACGGGACCACUUAAGGACCCUUCCUCCGCUUUCCCCAUAAUUAAAAAACAAAUAAACCCAAAUUAGAAUAAAUCCCGCGAAGUCCCUCACUGCACAAACAAGACUAGAGAAAAAACGUACUGCCCCAUCCUGCUUUAUAUGUUAAAUAUAAAAUAGGUUUUUUAAAAAAAUCCCCUCAGAAUAAGCGAUUCCCUCAUCAGCAACCUGGAGUGGUAUGUUCGAGGAAAAGCUUUUACCACUUUGUUGCGUGUAUUUGUGUAAACCUUGACUCUCCAGAUUUAAAGAAUGCUAAGGCAGGCUAGAAAAUUCCAGAACUAAUUUCUUUUUCCUGGCUUGAACUACAGAAAUAUUGUAAAAAAAUAUAUAUAUCGCCUUCUAGUGUUACCGUAUUUUUUGCCCUAUAGGACGCACUUUUUCCCCUCCAAAAAUGAAGGGGAAAUGUGGGUGCGUCUUAUGGGGCGUAUACAGGCUUUCGCUGAAGCCUGGAGAGCGAGAGGCUCUCGCUCUCCAGGCUUCAGGAAGCUCUGCGCAACCCUCCGGAGCCCGGCGCCAAGCCGCGCCGGGCUCCGGAGGGUUGCGCAGAGCUGCCUGCGCUCCCGGGCUUCGCGCAGCUCUGCACAACCCUAGGGAGCCCGGCGGGAAGCUGCGCCGGGCUCCCAAAGGUUGCGCAGAGCUGUCUGCAUUCCGAAGCCUCGGGCGCGCUCUUUAGCGCGCCCGGGCUUCGCACAGCUGUCCGCAAGCCUGGGGAGAUCGGCGCGGCUCCCUAGGCUUGCGGAUAGCAGGCUGUUCUGGGGGCUGGGGUCGGGGGAAGCUCAGGCUUCCCCUGCGCCAGUCCCGUGCCUGGGGGGAAAAUUUUUUUUUUCUUUAUUCCCCCCCCCAAAAAAACUAGGUGCGUCCUAUAGGGCGGUGCGUCCUAUGGGGUGAAAAAUACGGUAUAUAUCGGUUCAUUUCGCCCAGUAACAUGCCUGCACAGAUUCUGAUUUUGAGGAAAGGGUCACAUAACAGCUCUUGUGAGUGGAAAGCCUGAGGUCAGGAUACUUUAAUAGAGAACCAUAGAAUUGUAGAGUUGGAAGGGACCAUGAGGGUCAUCUACUCCAACCCCCUGCACUGCAGGAAUCUUUAGCCCAACUUGGCACUCAAACCCACAACCCUGAGAUUAAGAGUCUCAUGCUCUUAUCACUUGAUCUGUCCCAGAUGUGAAUGAUCUGAAUGCCAACAUUGCUUCCCUUCUAUUAAAUUUCCUUUUUGGUGUGUGAUUUUUGUUUACCUCUUUCCGUGCAAAGUAAGAGUUUCCCCAUCACAUUGAGGUUGGAGCUCCCUAAAAUGCAGUGCUUGGGCAGAUGCAGAAUUGAAUUAAUUCAUAACAUGGCAUGUAACAGCUAUAUCAGGUUUCAGAAACAAGGCAUGGCCUCAAAUUAAUGGCAGCAAUCAAGAAUCAGUGUUCCCAUUCUGAUCAGAAGUACUUUGGAAUGGAAAAAGCUGGUCUUUAAAAAAACGCAUUGUAUAAUCUUCAAUGCACUUGUCAAGGCAAAACAAAUGGCCUAAGGCAGACUAUCAAAUUUGUGUUGAUUAGGAUUUUUCUAACCGUAUGCAUACAGACUAGUAACACCACCAACAAGCGGAACCCAAGGUGAACAAUGGGCCUCUCCCAUGUUAUUAAUAAAUAGUGGCACUGAGUCAAGUGCAUGGGUGCCAGAUAAGAUAAAUUUGAGCUUUACCUAGGUUGUCACUGGAAUUGCUCAAUCUUGGCAUAGUAACUAGAGUGCUUCAUUGACUCGUGGAAAGCCUGUGUUCAAGUCGCUUUAUAGCCGUGAAGUUAUUUGGGUAUUGUGAAAAUACAGUAGGUGAGUUAAUGGUACGCUACAUGAAUGUACAUGGAGGAAUGCAGGAUGCUGGUAUGAUAAAAUAAAACUUUGGACCUCUUUUCAUUCCAGCUGGCCGAAUCGUAUUAGAAUUGUUUGCAGAUGUUGUACCUAAAACUGCUGAAAACUUUCGUGCAUUGUGUACUGGAGAAAAGGGUAUUGGACCAGCCACUGGAAAGCCUCUUCAUUACAAAGGAUGCCCCUUCCAUAGAAGUAAGUUUGUUUUGUUUUUGUUUCCUUGGGUUAGCUGAAAGGAAGAUUAUACUUGUUUUAAAUCCUUUCCUUUAUUUUGGUGUCCUACUCUUCUGUUUAAACUAAAACUUCCAUGGUGAAGUAUAAUUUAUAAAUGAAACAAUAAAUAACCACAAAACAGACAAAAAAUACAACAUAAAAGAGCAUCAGCAUUAAACCAGCAAACUGAAGCUGAAUCCUGACAAUAAGUAGGCACUGUUGGUGGGUGGGCCCAGUUCUUUGCUCUGUUGUGGAUGAAGUUGCGCUCCCUCUAAAGAAACAGGUUUGUUGUCUGCGGGUGCUCCUUGAUCCCGCUCUGUCACUGGGUGCCUAAGUGGCAAGAAGUUAUUUUUCCAGUUACAUUUGGUUAUCCAACUACAGCCAUUGCUGGACCAAGAUAGCCUUGCCAUCAUCUUGCUUGCUCUGAUAACAUCCUGUUUAACAUCUUACACAAGUGUUGCUUAUUGUGUGGGGAUGUGGGAUGGGGUCUUCUUGGUGGUUAUACUAGUAUGCAGAACUCCCUGUACUCAAGAAAUGUACCAUAUUUACUCAAGUCUAAUGCACCAUCAAGUCUAAUGCGCACCUCAAUUUUCAGAAUCUUGAAACUAAAAUAAGUAUUUGCUGGUGAAUAUAAAUGUGCUAUUGAAUCUAAUGUGCAUCUUAAUUUUCGCAACAUAAUUUGGCCAAAAAUGGUGAGCAUUAGAUUCGAGAAAAUAUGGUAUGUUCACUUAAGCUUAUAGAUUUAUAAUUUAUGCAUUACAUGAAAUAGGACUUUGGAAUGUUGUCCAACCUAAUGUUAGCUUUCAUCUUUCUGUGUUCAAAUUGUAGUUAUCAAGAAAUUUAUGAUCCAGGGCGGAGACUUCUCACAUCAAAAUGGAACAGGUGGAGAAAGCAUAUAUGGUGAAAAAUUUGAUGAUGAAAACUUCCAUUACAAGGUAAUGGCUUAAUAAUUAAAAUUGUCACUUGAUAGAAUUAUGAAUGUUUUUCAUUUUUACCAUAAUGAAAUGUGACUUUGCCUUAAAAAAAAGUUUUAUUAAAGCUUUUUUUGUGUAACAAACAAGCAGAUAAACAAAUAAAAUUACAUAUAGUGUCUCCACUUUCAAUUCAUAGAGUCUUUUUCACAAUUCAUUUCAAGUAAUUAUCUGUAUAAGGUCAACUCUAGCUGAAGUAUAUUUAAAUAUAGCUAACAUUUAACAAGUAUCUCAUUUGAGGGAAAUGUUUCAGACUCCUACUUAGUAUGAAUUCUUGAGAUCUAAUAUAAAAGCUGUUAAAUGUGAAUAAGAUACUUCAAAUUAAAUUCUGCACAUUAUCUUAAAUAUCUUAUUUAACUUUAUUAUUAAGUUCGUUGAGUGUCUGGGUUAUUUAUUACCCCCAGUUUAAUAAUUUCCUUUGGACAGGCACCAGCCUUGCUUGGCAUUGUAUCUGCUUCAGGAACAGCUUCUCUGCCUUUUGGCUAAGAUCAUGUGAAAACAUUCACUACGUUAAUUAAGAUACCGCAAGCCAUUUUCCUUGUAACCUUUUGUCUUGUUAGCAGGAUGUCUCUGAUUCUUCAUUCAUGAAUUAUUCUAAUCAGAAUUACACUGGUAUCUUUUUAUAUAGCACGAUCAGCCAGGUUUGCUCAGCAUGGCAAAUUCAGGAUGCAACACUAAUGGCUCCCAGUUCUUUAUCACAACUGUGCCAACUCCUCAUCUUGAUGGGAAACACGUCGUCUUUGGCCAGGUGAUCAAAGGCAUGGGUGUUGUAAAGCUACUAGAAAAUGUUGAAGUAAAGGAGGAAGAACCUGCUAAGGUAAGCUUCGACAGCUUUAGAAGAAAUCCUUUUUCAGUAUUAUAAAUGAGUCAAGUUUUAUUUUGGAAGUGUGAAAAACAGCUGAACUAUAAAGGAAGCCCUGCUGAUUUCAGAUGGCUACUGAAUUGUAAACCAAAGGUGUGCAUACAAACUUGGGUGGUAGGUUGUUGGCUGAAUUUGGCUGGGACUUGUGGCAAAAUCUCUUCUCUUGUAACAGUUACACGUAUCUAGUAAUUCCCAUUAUUUAACUGGCAUUCUAGCAAAUUGUAUGAUAUUCAGUGGUUUCUGAAAAUUCAGAGUAAGCUGUCUUUCGCAGGUAAAGUUGCCUUUCAUGUACUCUUAUUAUUUUUACAGUUAUGCAUCAUCGCAGAGUGUGGUGAACUGAAAGAAGGGGAUAACUGGGGACUUGCUCCUAUGGAUGGUUCUGGAGAUACUCACACAGAUUUUCCUGAAGAUUCUGAUGUGGAUUUAAAAGAUGUAAGUAUCUCUUCUCAUUGAGAAAAGAUGUUAGUGAUGCAGUGGGAGUUGUAAGGAAACAGAAAAUGAACCUCUCUUACCAAAAACAGAGUAGCAUUUAUUAAGACAGCACAAGGUUGUUGUGAGGGUCAAAUGGGGAAAGGGAGAAAAAUGUAUGCCACUCUGAACUCCUUGGAGGAAAGGUGAGAUUUAAAUGUAAUAAAAGAAGCAAGGCUGCUGAAGAUCUGGCUCAGGCACCACCGAUCAGCAAUGGCUGCAAAACCAUGUGCAAGAUGCUUUGCAAGCUCCAGUUGACCAUUGGGUCUUGCAGAGUGCUGUGGGCAGGUUUUCACAAGGCCUGAUGUUCAGCUGACUCAUAGGCAAGGGAGUAAAAAAUAUCAGUGUACUGCCUGCAGACAGCACGCAUAGCAAAGGGUGCAUUGGUCAUACAACAAAAUACUAAUGGGCUCCUGUAUCAGGAAAGAAUACUACAGAACAAAAGCCACACUUCAUCUCAACUCAUUCAGAAUUUAAGUGCCAAAUGAGUUUAAUCCAAGCUCUUCACUAGGCAGAGUCUAUAUAAUCUUUUAAUACGCCAACUGAAUAAAAAUACAAUAUAGUAAAGUGUUUUUCUGACCUAUGACAAAGUAAUGUGUCAUUACAUAGUCGGUUGUAAAUCCUGUCGCACUGAGGUUUUACCCAGAUUCUAAACUUGCAGGCCUUCUCAUAAAAAAUCAGGAAAAUGUUUUUGCAAAUUACAGAAUGAUACCAUCUCUCUCUCUCUCUGUUUUUGGUAGAUUCACCAGGUUGUGUCUAUAGCUGAAGAUGUAAAAAAUAUAGGUAACACUUUCUUCAAAUCCCAAAACUGGGCAAUGGCAGUCAAGAAAUACAGCAAGUCUUUAAGGUAAUAAAAUUGGGGAUUCGAAACUAACAUGGUCCAGAUAUUCUGGGACUGAUCAGAAGCAUAAAUAGGCCAUCCCCCCCUUUAUCUGCUUUAGCUAGUGUUGCAAGUUAGACAUGUGGUAAUACAAUAAUGCAAAUUCUGUCAUUUUAUUUUGUACAGGUAUAUUGAAGCUUCUAAAGCUAUAGUAGACAAGGAAGAUUUAGCAAAGUUGAAUGCUGUAGCAUUGAGCUGCUACCUAAACAUUGCUGCUUGCAGACUGAAACUGUUGGAGUGGCAAGAUGCAAUUGAAAACUGUACUAAGGUAUAUUGCUUAUAUUUUGGCUCAGAAAAAUUGAUAAAGUAGAAUCCAACAAACAAUUGAUGACACAAUUUUAUUUAAAACAAUAUGCAUAGCAAAGCAUUCUUAAUUCUUAUCUGUCCAGUUUCUGGAUUCAUUGCAUUAGGUCAGCAUUGAUGAAAAUUUUAAAGCUAAUAACCUGCCAUUUCUUGUUUGGCCCUCAAAUAGCAUUUCCCCCUUAUCGCCCUUUUUGUCCUACACAAUAAAUUCUGUUGAGGCAUUUUUCAAGCCCAAUUUAGUGUUCCACAACUCGUGUCAUAUUUAAAUGCUCUUGCCAUGUGCCUUGAUCCAUUCAUGUUUAGCAUCUGCAUGUUGGGAUGUAUUGCUUGGGCCAUUGAUCAGUAACACACAUAUAGGCCAACGCAUGUCUUAAGAGAUAUAAACAUAAUGAAUAGGGGAAGCCAGCAAAAUUUUUGCAGACCUACAUUGUGUUAUAUGUACCUACAUAUACCCCAAGAAAAUCAAUAGGAGCCCUCUUCUGUGUGUCCUCACAAGCUGAGAUUCAGUAUGUGGCUAUAAGAAGAAAUUGCUUUAGUGCAGCUUGAUUGAAUUCUUGGUAAUUUUGUGAUUAAAAUAUUUUGGUACUUAAUAGCCAUUGAUCUCUAGGUGAUGUAAAUUGGUUAUCAGAGUAGCCACAAGGUGUCAGUAUACUGUCCAGAUCUUUUUCAGUCUUAUUUCAUACUGAUUGUUCAGCAUGGUUCAGCGGCUACUUAAAUGGAUAGAUACCAGAAUGUCCACAAAAGACUGUGUAGAGGAAAACAAACAGCCAUUUAUGUUUUCUAUUACUUGGGCACACAGGAAGGUUUUGUUGCUUAUCAGAUUAGCGACUUGAAUUAGGCUGAUAAGGAGAACUAGCUUUUGCUUGAAAGAAACCUAGGAAGGAGUUGCAUCAUUUGUUUCCUUGCUAAAAACUUCUCGCGAGAUGCUGCUGCUCAAAUUAUUGCAGUAGCUGGUUUUGCUUACUGAAUCUUAAGAAAUAUCAGAAAUACUGUUCUUAUUAUUUUGCAGGCUCUGGCCAUAGAUCCUACAAACACCAAAGCACUUUACAGAAGGGCUCAAGCUUGGGAAGGAACAAAAGAUUAUGAUCAGGCAUUGGUAAUUACAAGUACUUGGUUUGACAUACAAUGUUAAAAUAAGAUAUACAUAAACAUAUUGCUUACUUCUUUUCUUUUUUUUUAAAGGCUGAGCUUCAGAAGGCUCAAGGCAUAGCACCUCAAGACAAAGGUAAAGUGCCAUUCUGCUUAGUACCAUUGACUAGGUAGCCUUUUGAAUAAGCUGCACUAGUUUCACCGCAGACUGAAAACAUUUUUUUGCUACUUGAGCCAGUAUAUGUAUCCCAUUGAGGGUGGGGAGAAAAGUAAGGGAAGAGGGUGUUAUGUACUCUGAAAUGAACAUGCAUGACUUUUAAGUUACACAGGCUUUUAAGUUACACAAGCUAUAUUCACACUAUUUUCUCUCCUGCGUUUUGACUAGCUUAUUCUUAAAUCAACCCUCUCUUGGGGAAAAUGAAUUUUUGGAAUGGGAAUUUGUAUUCUAAAUAGGUUACUUUUGGAGAAAGGUGUGAAAGUUCUGCAAAAGCAUAAAACAGCAAUUUUAACCACUUUUUGUUUGUUUACUUCCACAGCUAUCCAAAUGGAAGUACAAAAAGUUAAGCAGAAGAUAAAGAAUGAGAAAGAAAAAGAGAAGGCAGCUUAUGCAAAGAUGUUUGCUUAAGUCAAGAUAGUUUCUCCUCCUUAACUUGUGCACUGAUAAAGGCAGGAUUAGUAUGAGUAGCAGUGACAGUGUGUUAUUGACUGUCACUAAUACUGAUGCUGUUUCACAUGUUUACAUCUUGGCUUUUCUUAAGGUUGCAUAUAAUUUCAAACAUCUUUCAUUAUUAAGUUAAAUGGUAAGGCACUUAACAGUAGUAGUAUUUUAACCUAAAAAGUGUAUGAAAAACUACUUUGUAAAACUUCAGAACGAUCGAGUGCAAAGAAUUUGAACAAAGUUUGGUUACAUACCAGAGGCUUAAAUUCAACAAGCUAUUUCCAUCCCUUUUAUCCCUCACUUGUAACUCUCAUUACUGAAGAUUCAAAUGCUGUUAGAAUGGUGUUGAAGAAAUAAACUGAAUUUGUAAUCA